GGCUUUAUUUUCCAAUCUUUCUUUGAUUUUUAGACUGAAAGAGAUCGAAUUUAAAGGGCACUGAAUAGAUGAAGAAUCAAAACUAAACCAUAGUUCUAAUUUAAUGAUUGCUCAGUAUAAUUCUUUUCAAGUAAGCUUAAUUAUAGAACCUUUUAGAAUAAAGAUAUUUGCAAGUAGCAAAGUUGAAAUAAAACAAAAAGAGUCUUCAGUUUCCAAACAUAAAUUCAUGUAUGAGAAGCUAAUGCCAUUUGAAUCUGAGAAAUUUCUUGAUUACGAUUCAUUCAAAAACAUUCUUGACUGAGUCCAAAUUAUCAAAGACAUUAAAGUUCUACAACAAAAAGUGGCGUUUCUCAUCGAAACGAGUCCAGUCUUGAAUGGUCAAGUCACACUCACUCAUGCUAAAAAGACACAGAAAUAACUCUGAAGCCAGUAGACAGUAAUCAGCAACAAGGGUACCCAAUAUGAACAAGAACUAUACAAUGGCCACUAAAACUCAGGGGAGAGAUCCAAAGAGAAACCGAGUGUUUUCAUUCCCAGACUAUAAAACCUGUUCUUCCAAAUAGCAUUCGGAAGCCUCGUCUGUUUAA